CCUGACUGAGAGAAAAACAGAACACCAGUGCGUUAUCACAGCAGUGGUGAAGACUGGAACAUUGUGUAAAGAAUUUUAUCUUAUUUCAGUAGUUUUUACUCUUGGAUUGAACAUUUGUGGGGGGGGGGAAAUGGUGAUUGCUACAAUCUUUGUUUUCUGCAGCUUUGUGGUGGGUAUUACUCCGGUGACUUUAAUGGCGGACGUGCCCUUUGUAAGUGUGCCGCUCUCUCAGGAAGCUAUUCUGAACUGCUGCUACAUCACCAAAGAUAAGCCAGGGACGCCUGCAUGGGUCUUUCAACAUAGCAACCGCAACAUGAUUCCAAUCCCUGUGAAUGCCUCAGACCUUGUGAUUAUACACAAAAUUCAAAAAUUCGAUGAAUCGUGUGGCGUACUAACCCUCAAGGCAGUCCAGCUGAAUGAUUCUGGGCUGUACCAGUGUUCGCUGACCACUACUGGCAACAGCAUCCUCUCUCAUGGCACCUACCUGCAGGUCUACAAGCCACUGGAGAAGACACUUAACUUCAGUGAAAGCACCAAAAAUGGCAUCCUGACAGCUGAGGGAAUCUUGCUGUUACUGUGUGUGGUACUGCCUUCUGCCACCCUUCUCUGCAAGUCAAAGAAAGUACAUGAAAUAGAGAAAAAGAAAAUGAAGAAGGAAGAGGAAAACAUAUAUCAGGGACUAAAUCUGGACGACUGUUGCACCACAUAUGAUCAGAUCGAGCGGUCCCAGGCACUGGGCCCGUACCAGGAUGUCUGUAACAUUAUGGAGGAGGAAGAAGAGAUCCAGCUGGAGAAACCUUGAAGGAGAGGGGAGAGAAAGAGAAAGGGAAGGGAGAGUGUUGAGUCUGUUUGUCUGUUUUGAGAGCUUAAAUUUAAGUGUGUGAUAUCUAAAUAUCAGACUCAUGCUGUUUUUUAAUAUAUAGCCUGCAGUUAGACUUUUAGCGUCUGACAACAUAUUAUUCAAUCAGCUUCAUUCAUUUGAGAUUGAAAGUUCAUUUUUGAUCUUGGAGACAGCAUUUGACAAAACAGUCUCACCACAAAGUCCACUCAGUCAGUGGGUGUAGGGAGGAUUUUAGAAAUAUUGAGGUUGUUUGUAAUGAGUUUGAAUGUUUGAUACAUUCAACUGUUGUGUUCAUUUCAGUCAAAAAAAAAAAAAAAAAAAAAAAAAAAAUCCAUAUCAAAAUAAAAUGUAAACUCCUCUUCAAGUUCUGAAAUUGCUGAACAAACAGACAAACAAAAUGUAUCACCCUGCACUCAGUAGCUGUUUUAAGGCUAUAACUCAACUUUUAAGCCAAAGUUUACCAGAAAAUUUUUUUUGAACAUCCUUGAUUUAAUGACAAUUACUAAUCUGCUGGGGAAAACAAUGUGAUGUGAUCGAAAGCACCAAAACAGAUUCUGAGUGGACCUUGAGAUGAGAUGUUUCUCUAAUGUUUAUUUAAAAGAUCUAUAAUGUAGCCCAUUUCUUGCAUUACUCUGAAUGAUUUCAUGAUGUGUCACAAUUUAUUUGCUCUCUGCC